AGCCUCCCAGCCAAUCCAACGCAGCAGAAGAACGCGGAAGACAGUUCCGGGUUUAGUGUAAAACUACUGUCUACCACCGUGAAAGCCGUUGGUUAAUUGUCAUUAUUUGACAAAUGGCCCUUUUACUGGAUAAUCAAUUCUCAGAGCUCCCGGCUGACAAUGCCGUGGACACAAAGUUGUUUCUGGAAUCCGUUUCUCAUCUUCCGCCGUUCUUUGACUGCCUGGGGUCUAAAGUGUUUUCCCCAAUCAAAUCAGACAUCUCUGGAAAUAUAACAAAAAUCAGGGGUGUUUACGAGAAAGAUCCGUCCAAGUAUGCUACCCUCCAGGACAUAGUGGAGGCAGAGAAGGAGGCACAUGGAGCAGAGUGGCCCAAGGUAGGAGCCACACUGGCCCUCAUGUGGCUGAAGAGGGGGUUGCGUUUCAUCCAGAUCCUGCUGCAGAGUUUGGCCGACGGAGACAGAGAUGAAAACAAUCCCAACCUGAUCAGGGUGAACAUCACCAAGGCCUACGAGCAAGCCCUCAAGAGGUACCAUGGCUGGAUCGUGCAGAAGGUCUUCCAGGCCGCGCUGCUCGCCGCGCCCUACAAGUCGGACUUCCUCAAGUCUCUGUCGAAAGGUCAGGUGGUCACGGAGGAAGAGUGUUUGGCCUGCCUGCGCCUGUUCCUGGUCAACUACACGGCCACGGUGGACGCCAUCUACGACAUGUACACGAGGCUGAACGCAGAGCUGGAUUACACCGUGUGAGUGCGAGGUGGUAACCCUCCUAUGGAACAGACCGGACUGGGGGGAACCCUUCUGCGGUUCCUGUUGGCUCUUCAGGUUAUCUGACUUUCUCAGGUGAUGGAACGUUCCAACAUUAUAAAACAGCCUUUUUUUUGUUGUGAACGUUUAGCUUAAUCUUUUGGUUGUCGUUUUCUCAGACAUGGAUUAAGCCCAGUUCUAAAAGUAAGAGAAAGAUUCGAUGAAGAUCUCCAUUGAUGACAUAAUGUUAGGAGGCUAAACUAGGACUAGGAUUAAUACAUGUCUUUGUAACUGGGCCUUAGUUACCAAGGUAUAACUAUGUUAUUUCUAACUAAAUAUUGUCAGUUUGGGCCCCUGUCGUGGUGAAUCUAUUGUUGUUACAUGUUGAGAUGUACAGUCCUUGCUCAGUAUGCCUUCUCAUUAUACGUUAAUCCGUAUUAUGUCAAGAAGUUCCGUAAACAUGGUGAACUUUUACCGUUUGUAUCUGGUCUAAAUCAUAUUAAUUGGCUGUUGAACUGAUGUAUUGAUUUGUGUCAAGCAGUGACACCAUCAUCGUUUCAGAGUGUGACAUUCCAGGAUAGACAGAGAUCCUCUGAGUGUUAUUUCAGACUCUCUCUGUGGGAGUUGAGAGUGUUCCUCAUAUUGAUUCCCUUCACCGAAGAUACACUCUCUGUAACUCUGCCCGGUUAUAUGAGCUACUGUUCUGGUGGCUGGUUACUGGAACUAUCGCACUACCCCCCCCUCCCCCCCCCCCCCCUCCUUCCCCCCCAUAUCACACCUCUUCCUGCCUUAACAGUCGACAACCUUUCUGGAGUGCCUUGUGUGAAAAUGCCUGUGUUGUUUCUGUGUGAGUUUUAAUGUUUGUGUCACCUUGCUUGUUAAAGGCAUGGCAUUUAUCUGUUAGUGUUUCAGCGUGACUCGCGUUUUCCUAAUAAUAACCACUAAAGCUGGAGAUAUGGAGGUAGGAUAAGCAGAGUCCAUAUGUUUAGUUUCCUCUGAUUUACUUUUAGUUUUGAUUUUAAGUUUUCAAGCCGAAUAGAAACUCUUUAUCCAGGAUUAGGUGGUUCUUAAUGAGGCAUGGUAGACCAUGGUAGAAUUGUUGAAAGUUUGUUGAUUCAAUUUUUAGAUUUAGUACUUUGGUUUAUUUGUAAACCCGGCAUUUUGUGAUGAGCAAACACUGAACAAAAUGAAUGUGAACAAUUUGUAACGAUGCGUGUAUGAGUAAUUUAUUAUAUUUUUACGAAUAAAAGAUGAUUCGUUCAAAUAUGCCUUUUCAUUUGU